AUGCUUUUCCUGGAGGGUGCAUCUGCCUCACAGAAGUGUCCCAGGGAUCCUUUCCUUGAAACGAAAGAUGUGUUGACACGCAUCCAUCAGCUUGGCCACAUGGCGAGCGACGCAAUUGACCUGGUUGACUGCACCGCGUACUUGGCCGAUAUCAAGGAUGCAGCCGCAGUUCGACGAGCCAUCACGGAUUUCUACGCAGCCGCCGCAAUCCGACCGGCCACUACAUUGGUGCAGGCUGGCGGGCUGCCCGACGGUAAAUCCGUACUCCUCCGCUGCACCGGGACGAUGUCAGACCCGGCAUUCGCGAGGAUGCCGCCAGUGUCUAUCGACGGCGCCACCAUCACCGACAGAUUUGUUUUUACGUCGGCCUUGCUUGGGCGCAAUUCAUCAGGCUCGGAUGCCUUUGAUGGGUUGCAGCGCGUGCUCAAGACUGCAGACGUCAGUCUCAAGGAAGUUGUCACUUGCUCCUUCUAUGUCAAGGAUCAGGCACACAUGUUCGAUCUCUUUGCAGGCUUCUACGAGGCCUUCAACAAGGAGAAUCCACCUCCUCCGACACGUGGCGAAUAUCAAGCCGACACCGAGUGUGACGACUGUCUGGUUGCGAUGAAAUGUGUGGCUGCUCGUUUGCCACCGGCCGCAGCAUCCAGUGGCCUUGGAAUGAGUGGUAUGAAUUUGGUAAUUUAA